CCUUAUUCAUCGUUGAACUACAGAAGUGCUGUUUUUAAAACGUUGAAUAUAAAUUGAUUGAGAAUUUCAAAAUGAAUAUAUUCUUAUUUUCAAGUGUAUUGAUCGUGGUUUUGAUUUCUAUCGUUGGAGCUGAUGAAAUUGCAGCGCUGCCUAGAUCGCAGAGUAACGAAAUUGCUGUUAUAUCUAAUGUGAUUGUUUAUCAAUCACGUGUCAAUGAAGCUCAAAAAAUAUUAAAUCAAACAGCUUGGAUGAAUCGAUGUUUUCAGGAUGAUACCAAAAAUUCAACAUCAUUUUUUGCAAGCUUGAAAGGAAGAAUUUUCAAGGGCAAUUCAAAGAAGUUGCAAUUCAACACAACGCAAAAUAUAGAAAAAAGUAUAGAAACUGUUUUCACAAGCAUAGCCGCUGGGGCCAAUAAACACGUAAACGCAUUUGAAAACGCAUAUAACAAACAAACCAGAACAAGUACCUUCACCGACAUUGAAUUUGAAAAAGCCAAAUCAGACUUUAAUACAUAUGCCACAAAAUUGAAGACCCUUCGCGAUCAAUUGGCAAAAGAAAAUCCAAAUGAUUACAGAAUUCAGAAAAUUGGAAGCUACUGCACCGAUUUGCUAAUGAACACUUGGAUUAUGAAUUCAAUCGAUUUGAAGAAAAGUGCAUUCAAUCGAUUGAAAGUCUUUAAAAAACCCGGAAUUUUAUUGGGUUAUACGGGUCAAAAAGUCUUCAGUAAAUUGGGAUCUUUUAAAAAGACAAGCAGUUGAAUAUUUAUUCAAUGUCUUGCAAAUGAAAAAUGAAAUCCAUUAAUGAAGUAUUUAUUCCAAACUAAUAAAAUUGUUUUGAAGAAAUGUCUUAUUUGA